AAUUCAAACAUUAUUACUCUCAAGGUCGUCCUCCUUCGUUAGCGCUUUCAGUAUUUGUGCAAAUGCCGCGGGGUCAUGGCGUUAAACGAGGCUUCCGCCAAGCUCCUUCUCGUGUGCAGUCACUUCUUGCUUCAAACAGCGUUGAUUCCUCCGUCAAAAACAUAGAAGAUGAGGUGAGUGAAUUAGAAGAUUCGAAGGCUCCUAAAUUGGAUGCACCAAUCUCAGGCUCCAAUAGGAAAUCAGAUGAAUGCAGAAUGGAUGGUGAUGAAGAUGAUGAUGAAUUCGAGGACUGUGAAAUGGAAAACAAUGCGAGUGGAAGGCGUUUAAUCGAGGGUGAUAUCGAUGUGGAUGAUGCCGAUAGCGAGAGUGCUGAAGAAGAGCCUAUUGAAGAAGAGACUGAAGACACAUUGACACCUGCUGAAAAAGCCUCACAGAUUUGUCGUCUCCCUGCCAAAGAAAUGUGUUCAGAGGAGACUUUGUUGUUUCCUUUCUUGGAAACUUCUUCUAAUGCUCUAAAGGGAUCAUACAUUGCUGUUCGCAAUCUUGCAUGUUUAAUGUGGUCAGAGGAUUCAUGCUCACAAGUAACACCCAAUAGACUGUUUACAUAUGUGGUGAACAAUAUGUCAGUAGAGAACUUGAAAUUAAUGAUUGAUGCUGGUUUGACCGCUCCUUUACCAUCGCAUCAAGGAUCCAACUCUUCUGCUUCUUCCGUAUGUGAAGAGAAUGUUUCUAGUGUGAGCCGCGGUAAACAUAAAGAAAUUACACGAUCUCUGCAGCGUCAUCUAACGAUUUUAACCUUGCCAAACAAUUAUUUACCCUGGGGAACUCCCACUUCAAAAGCCAAUCUUGAGCGAAUGUGCUAUUUAGUUGUCUUAUUUUUGGAAAGAUAUGGUUACAUUAAUUUUGGCGUUUUCAAAAUAAUAUCCCCACCCCUAACGCACGUGAACUGCUUUCGGAUGACUACUAAUAUUCUUGAAUCACCUGUGGAAACAGAGAAACCAGAUGUUCAGUUAACUCCCAGAAGAGCUGCAGCAGAAAAAGCCUUGGCAGCAACUCGACGAUCUAGUGUCUCUCCCACCACUGUACUUCCAGGCAGUUCAUCCACUUCAGCGUCAGUGCCUCAUUUUAUUAUAAUUGGAGCGGGCAUAUCUGGCUUAAUUGCAGCGAGACAAUUAACCUACUUUGGUGCUAAAGUCACUAUUUUGGAAUCUCGUGAUCGUGUCGGUGGUCGAAUAUGGACGUAUCGAAAAAAUGGAUAUCAUGCUGAACUUGGUGCAAUGGUUGUUACAGGUUUAUCUGCUAAUCCUGUAACUGUAUUAGUACGUCAGUUAUCACUUAACUUAGUUGCAAUCAAUACAGACUGUUCACUGUAUGAUCCACAAGGUCAUUUAGUAAAUCGUGAUGUUGACGAACGUAUUGAAGAAGAAUUUAAUCGUCUUUUAGGCACAUCUGCUUAUGUAUGUCAUUCUAAAGGAUUGGAUUCAUUGGUUCUUGAUUCUGGUGUUGAAACUCCAUUAUCAUUAGGUCAAAUUGUUGAAUUGUUGAUUAAAUAUCAAGAAAAGCAUAAGAUACAAUUAAGAAUUACUCAUCGUAAAUUAAUAUCACAAUUAUUAGAUCGUAAGAAUUCUCUUCUAGAUCAGAUGGUUAUUGAGCGUAAAAAUAUUGAAGCUGCUUACGAAAAAUGGCAUGCAGCAUUAUCUACACUAAAUAAUCAGUCGACUCAGUCAACAGUUCAUCAUUCACAACGGUCUAAAACACAUAACACUUUGAAUAAGUCUCGUGUACGAAAUGAUUCACCAUCAUGUUCACCUCGUUCCAGCAGUACUGAAAUCGACGUGAAAUUAACUGGUAGUAGCACUAGUGGUGGUGUUGGCUGUGAAUCAACCUCAUCGAGUGGAUCACAGAAAUCAUCUGAGAAAAUUGCAGUAGGAUAUUCUCCGUCUACUGAUUCAUCUCAGUGUCCUUCGUUGCCAGUUUUCAAUGUCAGUGCUCAAUUUGAAGUUCGUCGAUUACUCAGUGAUCUUCAUGAGGCCUGGAAGAAAUUUGAACCACUUCAGAAUGCACUCACUCGAGUUAAUAAACAGUUAGAUAUCUUAAUUCAACAACCACCAAAAGAUACUUACUUAACAUCUGAAGAACGUUCUAUACUGGAUUGGCAUUUAGCUAAUUUAGAAUUUGCUAACGCUACAGAAUUGCACAAUUUAUCAUUACGGCAUUGGGAUCAAGAUGAUUUGUUUGAAUUAAAUGGAGAUCAUUGUGUAUUACAAGAUGGUUAUGGAUCAGUAGCAGACAGUUUAGCGCAAUGCAUUACAUCUGGUCAAUCAACUUUAUCAAUGAGUGGAACAGGUGUUGGACAUGUAAAUUCAUCUUCAUCUACAAAACAACGAGAUAAUCAAACAUCAUUGUCAACAUUAACAUCUGUUCCCUACAAACUUGGACCUGGUCAUAUCGAAUUGAAAAGUGCAGCUAAGCGCAUUUCUUAUUCCAAUACAGGUGUAAGAGUUGAUGUAUUGAAUACUGCAUUCAGUCAAGAUGAUUUAAUUGAAUAUGAAGCAGAUGCUUUAAUAUGUACUCUACCAUUAGGCAUAUUAAAAGAAAGUAUUCGACAAGAUAAUGAAUGUAUAAAACAAUCUCAAAAUAUUACAAAUGAAUCAUCUGUAUAUCUUACUAAAUUAACUGCACCACGUUUUGAACCAUCUUUGCCUGAUUGGAAAAUUGCAGCUAUUCGACGCUUAGGAUUUGGUUUAUUGAAUAAGGUGGUGCUCAUAUUCGAAAAGUGUUUCUGGGAUCGUUCACACAAUCUGUUUGGACAUAUUAAUGGAUCUACAAACUCAAGAGGAGAGUUAUUUCUGUUCUGGUCGAUUACUGAUAAGCCUGUAUUGAUAGCUCUAGUUGCUGGUCGAGCUGCAUUGAUUUAGAAAAUGAGAAAAAUUCACCAACACGUCGAAUAUCUCCAGGAUCUAAAACCCAGACUUUAGUAGGCAGUUCGGCCACAUCUAGUUUACUAGGUCGUGGAGUUAAAGAACCUAUCGUUGGCAGGGCUAUGCAAAUUCUCCGUGGUAUAUUCAGUCAUGAAGGUAGUGGUAGUAGUAACAGUAGUAAUAAUAACUGUAAUGGAAUCCACAAUAAUGCAGAAAAGAAAAAAGCUGCCAUACCAAACCCAAUUGACGCAUACGUCAGUCGAUGGAAUUCUGAUCCUGACUCACGUGGAUCAUACUCGUAUGUUGCCGUUGGUGCCAGUGGGGCGGACUAUGAUAUUCUGGGUGAACCGGUAUCCCCUCCUACUUAUGAGGUUUCUAGUGAGAAACAAUCGAAAAUCUCUUCGGAGCCAUUACAAGAGGAUGAAAGUUCUCCCACACAAAUUCCUCGGAUAUUUUUUGCUGGAGAACAUACUUGUCGGUGUUAUCCUGCAACUGUUCAUGGUGCACUUUUAAGCGGUUUGCGUGAAGCAGCUCGUGUCGCUAAUAGCUACUUUCCUGGGCAAACACCCAUUCGUAUAUCAGGAUUUAAACUAAAUAUUUCAUAGUCUACAAAUUUCUACUUGUAAAUUACUUCACUGUUCACGUCUUCUUCCUCUUUUCUUUUGACAAUAAUUCCCCCUUCGAAUAUGUUUAACUAUAGAUAUCUUCUUUCUUUUACUCGAAAAUGUAUCUAUUCACCGUUUUUCAAGUUGUGAUAUUAGGAUGCAUUUGUACACAUAUGUGUCAUAUUCAAACUUCUAAUGGUGUGCUUAUCUUAUUGCUUUGUAUUCUAUCUCUGCGUGAAAGUUCUCCUUUUUUUUACUCAGUAUUCUUCUUGCAUAUCUCUGUGAAUAAGAAUUUAUUAUCUACUUUUAUAAUAAAUGGACAUUUUUAGUCUAACCGUAACAGUAAUAAAUUUAUGUAGUUUUAUAUAUGGUUAGUGUCAGACAUUUAUUCUGAAAUCGCUAAACUAUUUAAAUCAUG